CUCAUGUAAAACACCAACCCAUUUAGUUGGUUUCGCUUCAGUUUACACUUUUAAUUAGAUAUGUUCAUUAGUUUUUAGUUAGCAAAUUACAGCAAAGCAAACAUCAAUAUAAUAUUUCACCAAAGCAAACGUUUUCUCCCCUUUUCUCUCCUGAAAGCAAACUAAAAAUAGAGCAAGUUAAUAAACAAAUGAGCAAGUACCGAUAAUAAUACAAAUCUUAACAUUGUAUCAAUUUCCACUUUAAUUCAGUUUUAUUCAGUUCUGUUGUUGAUUAAGUUUAAUUAGUCUGUCAUCCGUUUUCCCCAUCCACUCUCUAAUGAAGCACUUUGAAUUGCCUUGUUGCUGAAAAUGUGCUAUAUAAAUAAAAUUACCUUAACUUACUUUAAUGUCCCCUUUUAAACUCUCAUGUUGCCUUCUUCCCAAAGGCCCCCUUCACUUCUUAUCUGCCACUCUUCAGCUGCUGUAGGCAGAGUGCUUCAGUUCCUCCAUCUUUUUCUCUGAUGUGAUCCUGGAUUAAGUGCUCUGGGAGGAGAAAGUCUCCCUCCCAUUUAAAGACAGUGCUGGACGUGAGGUGCAGGCUGAUAUCUACCAUUUAACGAGACAGGCCCAGAAUUUGGAAGAAAAGUUAAAUAAAUUUUACCUUUGUUUUAGUUCAGCUUCCCUGGGUUGUACCAGAAAGAGGAGAGAUAAUGUGUCUUGGUAAAAGCUGUCCUCCCCUGAAGACAGAUGUUGCUAAUUAGUCUACACUGCUCUAUUCAUCCCAUGAGAUUAACAGGCAAAGUGAGAAUCUGGGAACUUUCCUGUCUUUCUAAAAGUCUCAGUCAAUCAAUCUACUACACCUUGAUGCCUGUAACCAGCCUUUAACCUCUAUUGACUUCUUACAUAACAAAUACUAGUUAACACAUACAGGGAACUAUGAAGAACUCCUGCAUGGUUUACAGAUAACUCAGUGAUAAUAAAAAGUAGAGCAAAUUAAAAAAACAACUAAGGAGGAAAUACAGACAGCCAGCACAAAAGAACAUUGAGGGGAGAUGAAAGACUUCUUUCUUUAAGGCAGAAAGAAGUACAUCCGGAGAAAGUUUUUUGGGGGGAUUAAAAGAGAACUUUUCUACUAAAAUUGCAAAGGAAAUGAGAUGAAAUCUGAGAUGAAAGAACCCAAAGGAUAUGUUGCAAAAUUACUACCUGGAUUCAUAUGCAAACGCACAAACAGCCUUUGAAGAACCUCAGUGAUUGAAAUAAAAGUUAUAUUUUGAAAGAAGUUCUUCAAAUGCUGGAGAGUUUCGUAGUAAUUUACCGCUGUCAGUGUUUAUGAGACCCAGUUAUGUCUAACACGGCAUUUCAGAUCAGCCGACUCCUCAUAGUACGUGGCAGCUCUCCCAACCUGCCAUGGUUUGCAUGCGUGUGAAAAAUAAUCCUGCACGUGUGUAGAAAGCGCGGCGGGUGCCAGCCUCUGCUGUUUUCGUCUCGCCCCUCGGAUCUGAUGUGUGGCCAAUUCCUUGGCUGCAGUUUCACUUGUAGGGAGCCGGUUUCUGUCUGUGACGGGGAAGGGGUCAGCGAGGAAGGAGGGUGAUAGCAGAUUACUGUUACUCCGCCCGGAAUUUCAUUAGCUCCAAGAUAAGUAUCUCCUCGCCAUAUUGAGUCUGCUACUGAACAUAUUUACCCCUGCACACAAUGUUCCCUUUGAGCACCUCAAACGAUCAGACAGCAGGACCCCAAGUGUUGCUCCUCUUCAAAAAGUUGGUAAAAGCUCCCUGGGAUGAAGCCUUUCAUUUCUGGCAUUCUCCCCCGCCCAGGUCCGCUUUGAUCUUCGUUGGAUCAGGAGGAAAGAAAUUGGUCUGUUGUGUCUGCUCUAUUGGCGAACAAACAAACAGCGUUUCAAAUUUGACUUGGCUUAAUUAAUUAAUGAUUCUGUUUUACAGCUGGUCUGAUCCUCUUCCAAAAGGUUUGAGAAUGGAACUUCAAAGUGCGGCAGGAUGAGAGGAUGGGGGAGAAGGGCGUGGUCUGUGUGACUUAAUGGUGGCUCUACCCCCGGAGAAGACAGACAGCUGCUGCGUGGAGGAGAAGAUGCAGAAGAGGGACAGCCGGUCUCCCGCGGGGCCACAGAAACAGCUCCAGUUUGAAGAGCUGGAGUGUGCUGUGUCUGUGGAGGAGGACAACAGACAGGAGUGGACCUUUACCCUCUAUGAUUUUGACAACAACGGCAAAGUUACACGAGAGGACAUCACCAGCCUGCUCCACACCAUCUACGAGGUGGUGGACGCCUCGGUCAACCACUCUCCUGGCAAAAGCAAGACUCUGCGGGUCAAGCUCUCCGUCGCUCCAGACUCAAGCCAGCGGUGGAGGAGCUGUGCUCAGGGUGCCACAGACGUGUCCCACUCCAGGGAGAAAAAUGACAAGUGCAUCGAUGAUCUCAAGAGUGCAGACAAGAAGUCUCGAGCGCUCCUUAGACGCCACCACAGCGACCACCACACCCAGUCUGGCUGCCAGCGCCACUGUGUGGACGAGAACCUGGAACGCAGGAACCACUACUUGGACCUUGCAGGCAUUGAAAACUACACAUCCCGCUUUGGAGCUGGUCCUGCUGCAGAACCAGCAAAGGUAGAGGCUCAGGCUCGCUCAUCCAACCAGGCCCGUUCUCGCUCACAUGAACCAGAAAACGGACACACCCACGCGCACCACCGCAGGCUGCAGUCGGCUGUGGACACUCCUGCUGCAGAGAGCCUCCACUCAGCCCGGCCCAGAGGCCAGGACGCCGGGCGGCAUGGCAUUCGCUCUCCGAAGACUCACAGCCGCACACCGCCUGCACAGAACAGUGGGAGGGUGAUGAGGAGUAGAGGCGCCCCGCCUCCCCCGGCUCUGCCCUCCCAGACGCCCCCUCAUCAGUCAGCAGCCCCCUACCGCAAGUACAAACAGCGAUCCAAGGAGAGCCAAGGCUACCGGGCCUUAGGCUCUCUUGGCUCUCCGGGACCUAUAGUGGAGAAAGAGCAGGUCAGGGACCUCCCAAGUGUGUUGCUGUAUGAGGGUGGACUGGCACAAGUGGUCCAGCGGCAUGAACAUCACCACCACCAUGAACACCAUCACCACUACCACCACUUUUACCAGUCCUGAAGCUCUGGCCUGCCUGGGAUGACUCAGCGCCCCUGCAUUGCCACAGAAAACAACCAGGCCAGCAGACUCUGACUGCAGUGCUGCACCUGGCAGCACAGGCACCGGACAUGGGGAGGACAUGAGGGCGACAGCCAGCGUGUGCCAAGGCUGGAAUGUUAAGUAACCAGUGCUACAAAAAUGUUGGUCUGACAUACAGAAGCUUUGGUAUGCAGUAGGACAGUGAGUAAGAGCCAAUGUUGAGUAGUUGAACUGAAAAUCACAAGAAAGGCUCAGGAGGCAAUCCAGUUCAGACCCGCUGACCUGCAGACCAUCAGGCCAGCAUCCCAACACUCCCCAGACCACUAAGUCAAAAGGAAGAGGAGGGACACGACGAGGAAGCUGUGACUGUAAUACAAAAAUAUAUGAAGGAAAAUGGGCGACGAGCAAUUUGUGAAAAAUUUGUGUCUAAAACAGAAUGACGGUGUGCGCACAUCGGAGCGUUACGACACUUGUGUGUGUUGGAAACCACUGAAAGUGUGCUCAGAAUUUAAAGCAAGCUCCACAGCAGAGUUUUGAAGAAAAUAAAAUAACCCGUAAUACACUGUAGGCAUAAAGAGGAAGGAAAACUUUGAAACAAUAUAAUUUAUCCCAGAUCCGCUUCUACCUCUGUUUUUUAUCCGAAUUGUUGUUCUGAUGGAAACGUUAAACAAGCAUUCAUUUUCAAAAUCACUUUUAAACUUUGUUGAAUGAAGAUAAAUCAUGUCACAAACUGCAGCUCUGAAAACUAGAAAGCCUCCUCUGAUUUAUGAACUAACAUUUGCUGUACAUAAGGUAUUUAUACUGUCAUCGAUUUUAUAAGCUUUAUUCAUGUAUUCAUUGUGGAAACUACAUUUUUAUUAUGACCACUAGGAACUUCAGUAAAACAUGUAAUUGAACCCUG